UUUCCUCUUUCUUUUUAUCCAUCUCUCUCUCUCUCACACACACACACACACACACUUUUUUAUUUUGAGAGCCUGACACUGACCGUCUGCUAUGGAAGCCGGAACCAUGACUGAGAGUGUUGGAACGAGGGAGGGACUCCAAAAAAAGAGAGGAGUGGGAAGAGAGAGGGAGGGCUAGAGAGGCACUAUAAAAGCAUUCACUGGAGCUUUCUGUGGCAGUAGCAUUUACAAACCGAGACAGGGACAACUUCGAACGGAGAGGGAAAAAGAUACAAAGACUGGUUCACAUUACGAGGACUGAACGAUUUGAAGAACAGACCGUGACACCCAAAAGCCUUUCUUCAGUACAGGCACUGAUAUAAGGUUACAGUUUGAUGUGCUAUUACUGGAAACUUUCUCGCACUGUCCUCUAAAAUAGACUCAGAUUGAAGCGGAGGCAUCUGAGAAAAGAAACUGCAAAAGGCCCUUUUGCCAACAUGGCCACUGUGCGUCAGAUACCCCUGGACACUUCCAGUUUCCACGUACUUCCAGCACACCUGCUAGCCUCAGCCAUGGAGGAGUUUCCUCAGCAACUGCCUGUCCCGAAGGGCCCAGCCCGGGGAAAAAGCCGCCCUCGCCGGCCCCGGGAAGCCCGCUUUAAAACCCAGCCUGUCACCUUUGCUGAGAUUGCAGAGGUGGAGGAAGAAGGAGCAUCCCCGUUGGAGGAGGAGAGAGCUCGCCGGUCAUUCCUGCAGUCGUUGGAGAACCUGAGGAGGAGCACGCAGGCGCUCCACUGCCCCGCCACCCUCAACAGCCGGACCACCACAUCUACACAGGCCAGCCUGGACUCCAGUGACUCCGACUCCACCCAGUAAGGGGAGAAGCACAGACCCACUUCCUGGUGGUUGCACACUCCCAUUUUACCCCUUCUUUCAACAUUCACCUGAAACAGAGAACCAACUAAUUAGCUUAACAGUUAAUUAACUGAACUGAACUGUUGGCCUAUCCGCUCCAGCAAGCGUAGAUGCCAUUGGCUUAAAUAAAUAAAGGCACCUUCUACAAAAAUAUAUAUAUAUAUUCUCAUAUCAAUGUAUAUUGCUGUAUUUUGCAUUUGUGUCAUUUUGUAAAUAACUCUACCAGUAAUGUUAAUACUGGCUGGUUAUGUUGCUAAAGCUGCAUAUAGAGAAGUGUUACCAGAGACGCAGUGUUCAAUACACCACUGAAAUGUAUUCCUUUGCUAUCUUAGAUUACUUCAAACAUCAAGAUUUAACUUGAAACAGUCUCAAAAAUGCAACGUGUCCUUGGAUUUUCAAAAGGAUGGAAAUGGUCAACGUUUAUUUUCACGUAUUUUUGUAACAGUAUAUUCUGCUUCUUAUCAGAUUUUGUAAAGUUACCACUCAUCAAAGACGUGACAAAGAGGUUUUUGAAAAAUCAUAGCACGCACAAGUUUUACAGAGCUUCGUCAGAACUCUUCACUUUGAUGUCUAUGCUCUACACCAGUGUAAUGUUUUACACUAUUGUCAAAUCUUAAGAGUAGAAACAUAAUACGCUUCCAGAUAUGUAUUUUCUUAACAUAAAAUAGUGGAAUAAUCAAUGUUAUUUUGCUCAUUCUUUUGACUUACAAAGUCACCUGAUUGAUUUCUGAAAAAAUAUCUUCAUACUCUUGUUUUACAGAUCUGUUUAUUGUGUUGUUUCUUAUGUAUUUUAAUAAAUAUUUGACAAUA